GACGCGGCCGCGGCGGCUGCGAGGCCGCGGGAGGCCGCGGAGGAUGGAGGAGCGGAAGGAGGAGGGCGAGGCCGAGAUCCAGGAGCACGGGCCCGAGCACUGGUUCUCCAAGUGGGAGCGGCAGUGCCUGGCCGAGGCCGAGCAGGACGAGCAGUUGCCCCCUGAGCUGCAGGAGGAGGCGGCGGCCGCCGCGCAGCCCGAGCACAAGCAGCAGAAGCUGUGGCACCUCUUCCAGAACUCGGCCACCGCCGUGGCCCAGCUCUACAAAGACCGAGUGUGUCAGCAGCCAGGACUUUCUCUUUGGGUUCCCUUCCAAAAUGCAGCCACUGCCGUCACCAACCUUUACAAAGAAAGCGUGGAUACCCAUCAGCGAAGUUUUGAUAUUGGAAUUCAGAUUGGCUAUCAGCGACGCAAUAAGGAUGUGUUGGCUUGGGUUAAAAAGCGCAGAAGAACUAUUCGUAGAGAAGAUUUGAUCAGCUUCCUGUGUGGAAAAGUUCCUCCACCGCGAAACUCUAGAGCUCCCCCAAGACUGACUGUAGUGUCCCCUAACCGAGCUACUUCAACGGAAACUAGCUCAUCUGUAGAGACUGAUUUGCAACCCUUCCGGGAAGCCAUAGCUCUGCAUGGUCUUAGUGGUGCAAUGGCUAGUAUAAGCGUGCGUUCGAGUACCCCAGGCUCUCCUACACAUGUAAGCAGUGGAUCGAAUGCUAGUCGAAGGAGAAAUGGACUCCAUGAUGUCGAUUUGAACACUUUCAUAUCAGAAGAAAUGGCACUCCACUUGGACAAUGGUGGAACUAGAAAGCGUACCUCAGCCCAGUGUGGCGAUGUCAUUACAGACUCACCAACCCAUAAACGCAACAGAAUGAUCUAAACUGCAAACAUUUUCACACCCACCAUGCUGCUUGAAAGCCACUUGAUCCUCAACAUAUACUAUUAUUGCAAAGGAAACAUGAGGCCAUCUUCCCUUGUUCACUGUUUAAGACAAGUGAAUUCUAUAGUGGUUGCCAUAAAAGGAAGUUCUAGGUAUUUACAGUAGAUGCCUCUUGUAACUAUGGCUUUCUUAAAACUAUAGUCCUAGCAGAGGACAUCAGAUAUCGUGUAGUCGUUAGCAAGAUCAUCAUAGGCAAACAUAUAUCCGUUUCAAGGCUAAAAGUGACCUUAACUGUAUUUAUUCUCAAAGGGAAAGGAAGUAUCAGAUGUUUAUUUGGUUAUAGAACGCUUUUUUGGGGGGGGGGCUCCAUUUCCUGUGUGUUGAGUAUUUUGCUUCAACAGUAUUGCCAGGUUCCUAAAAUUGUCUAAAACACGUGAUUUGGCUUCCUCGUCAAAUCGCCAGGCUUCCAUUUUUGCAGCAGCACUGUACCAUGCACCUGGUUUCUCUCUAGUAACAGUGUGCAACUUCUGAUUAUUGAACUGUGCCCUAUUUUUAGUUUUCAAAGCAGUUUCUAAUUCUGGUGAUUGUGUGAUGUAAAGAGGUGCUAUGAUGGUCAUGCAAUUAAUACUUAAUAUCAAAUCAAUACACAACUUUAUUGGAUUCACUUUGUGUGUGUUAGUGCUCUAAAAGUAGCAAUAUUAUUAAAUUGCCCCCAGAUUAACCUUGUAGGAUUGAAAUACUCAUUUUUAAGACAAGUACUACUUCCCAUGCAGGGUACUGUCCUUAUGGUAAAUGUAAACAUGUAGACUGCAUUCAUGGUGACCUAAAGUAGAGAGGUCAUGAACUUCAUGGGCUUCCUUUUUGGUUCAGUAUUAGUGAGAGCGAGAUGGAUGGUGGGAGGGUAGGUAUUCUAGUCUGUUAUAUUCUGUUUAACAUUUUUCAUGAAUGUUCUACUUUGUGCAGUUUCCAUUGGAAUGAGUGGAAGAUAAAGGUCUUUUAUCUGCUAAUAAUGUGAUCACACCUUAAAUAGCAAAACCCAACUCUCCAAUCCCUCUCCUAUAAAGUGCAGUUUGGAAUCUCAUUCUGGAAAAGAUGGAAUCGCAUGGAGGUUCUCUAGAUGUUAGGUAGACUUAAAUAAAAGUUCUCAAUAGAUUCCUCUUUUGAGUAAACAUAAGACCUCUUGUACCUACAAUGUUUUAGAGCAUGUUUCAUCUUCAUUUUUAAUAUCUUGAACUGAAUGGUAGUCUUUUUUUAGAUGAAGAACUGAUGUCAGCCUGCCAGGUACUGUAAUUUAUUCUAUCAUAUUAUUAUAAAUGUAUCAAGUAGGACAGUGAAAAUGUUUCCUUGCAAACUUGUAGCUCAGUAUCAGUUACUUUGUUUUUAUCCUUAAAAGACCAUUACAAAUCAGUGUAAGGGUUUUUCCAGUAAUUACUCACAGCACUUUGUUAAAGUUUGCAAUUUCUUCAGCCAUUUAAUAAUCUUUCUGUGAAGAAACUUUGCUAAGUUAACCAUAAUAUUCAUUGGGUGGGAUGUGAAUGUAGUGUGUGAACUGAAGAAGUUCUGUAUUCACUAUAGAUACAGCCCUUAUUUAAAAAAAAGUCAAUUCCAUACUAAACCUAGGAAUGAAAGUGAGGCAUUUCUAAAUUUUUGCAAAAGUGGAUCAUUUUUUUUGUUUGAAUAUGAUAGGAAGAAUUAUAGCAAUGUAUCAUUUUACCGGAAACGGGUGAGCCUAUGUAUUAUGAAUACUUUCAGGCUUCCCUUUGGAAUAUAUCAAGAAAUGAAUCUGGAGUUAUCUUUGUUUUUCUAUCGUAAAUUUAGAUUCUGGAAUUGGGUUUGGUGGUGUGAAGCAUUGCUCACAAGCAGCCAGAACUCCUCUUCCUAAAGGAUUUUGAGGCUGAGGAACACAUAUUUAAUCUCCCCUUUAUGCCUUGGUUCUAGUUCCUCUUUCCAAGUUAGUAACAACAAAAAAAUUUUUUUUGGUGGUUUUUGUUUUAGUUGGUGCUCUGAAGCUUAAUCUCAAUACCCUUUACUCUCGAUUGUCAAAUUUUGAUAAAACAUGUGCCAUUUUCUUUGGUAAGAGAAAGCAGGUCUUCAUGUCUGCCAGAACACAAUUUAUAUAUCUUAUUGGCUCCAUUAAACUUUUUGAAAACUUUAGCAUUUGUUACUUUUUUCCAUUGCAUUUAAUUCUAAAUGCUCUGUCACCCAGCAGUAACUCUUCCCCCCAUCUCCGUCCCGUUGCUCUCCUGUGCCACCCGAGCACAGAAUAAACCAAGACCUAGGAGUAGAAAGGGAAAUGAUUUCUCUUAGGAAAACUUAGUUCUGACUGCUAGAUUUUUGCAGCCUUUCUUUGUGCCAUUUUAGAUGCAAAACAAAUCAUGGAAGAUUGCAUAUUUGUGUGAUACUUUUUAAUGUUGGGUUUUUUUUUUUUU